UUAUACCCGCUAGCCGGAGAAUCAAUAUAUGAACCGUUUCUGAAAAUCGUUGAACCGCUUUCCAUUUCCCUACCCGCCAGCAGACCUCUCUCCCGACCCAUACGCGUGGCCGUACGAACAGAAAGCUCGAAACAAAGAACUUUUGAAAUGAAAAUAUAUAUGUAUGCAAAACUGGAAAGCAAUGGUUGAAUAACAAGUGAGGCAUAGGCAGCGGGGAUUCCGCUGAAACAGGGUAUCUGUAUAUUCAUCCCGAUAGUAAAUCUGUAUUUAUGAUUUAUCGGAAUAUUUGAGAGAUAACGUAGCUGUAGGUUUUCAGAAUGGGAGCAGUCCUCCCCUUCGUAGGUGACGCCUCUGCCUAAGAACCCGGCAAUACAUAUAAAAGCUGUUUCCGAUUGGAGAGACCAUUGGAGGCUCGUUGUUGUUGCCAGUUGGGGCCCACGACGCGCGAUCGUUCCCGCGAAGAAGCAGACGAAAGCGAAAGCGAAAGCAAAAGAGACAUAACAGCUGGAACCAUUCGGGGGAUCGACAGUCGGGAAACAGUUUGUCGUAAUGCAGCAGCUGUUGAGGGUCCGGGUCGCUCUGACGCUAGGUCAACGCUCGGGCAGCGUUUGGAAUGCGAGCCGGGGCAGGGGGAUUGCCAGCCUGGCAGCUCUCUCCGAAACACACCAGAUACUGCAGAAGACCUGCCGGGACUUCGCCAAUGCAGAGCUGGCUCCACGGGCUCGCCAGCAUGAUCGCGAGGGGCUGCACCCGGCGGAGCAGAUACGACGGCUGGGAGAACUCGGCCUGAUGGCGGUGACAGUACGGGAAGAGUAUGGCGGCUCCGGACUCGACUACCAGGCCUAUGCUAUUGGCAUGGAGGAGGUUGCUCGUGGCGAUGCGGCCGUCUCCGUUGCAAUGGGCGUCAACAACCUCUUCUUGGGCGCCGUACAGCUCCACGGAAGCGAGCAGCAGAAGCAAGACUUUCUGGUGCCCUACACCCAGGGCGAGAAGAUUGCCUUCUAUGCCCUGUCCGAGCCGGGAAACGGAUCAGAUGCCAGCGCCGCCAGCACCACGGCCAAGUUGGAUGGGAAUAGCUACCAGCUAAACGGCACCAAGGCAUGGAUAUCCAAUUCCAAGGAAGCCAGUGGCGGCGUCGUCUUUGCCACAAUCGACAAGACGCUCAAGCACCAGGGUAUCACGGCCUUCCUUACAGCCAAAGACGUGCCCGGUCUGUCUGUGGGCAAGAAGGAAAGCAAGAUGGGAAUGCGAGCCUCCUCCACGUGCCAGCUGGUGCUAGACGACGUCCAAGUGCCGCAGUGCCAGGUGCUGGGAGGCCCCGGCGAGGGCUUCAAAAUUGCCAUGCAGUCGCUGGACUGCGGUCGCAUUGGAAUCGCCGCCCAGGCUACGGGCAUUGCACAGGCCGCACUGGAACUGGCCGUAGACUACUCCCAGAAGCGUAUUGCUUUUGGCAAGCAGCUCUCGCGGAUGCAGCUCAUCCAGCAGAAGCUGGCGGACAUGGCGACGAGGGUGGAGGUGUCCCGGCUGCUAACCUGGCGGGCCGCUUGGCUCAAGGACAAUGGUUUGCCCAUCACCAAGGAGGCCGCGAUGGCUAAGCUGCAUGCCUCCGAGGCGGCCACAUACUGCGCCCACCAAUGCACCCAGAUCCUGGGCGGAAUGGGUUAUACAACCGACUUGCCCGCAGAGAUGUACUACCGUAACGCUCGAGUAACGGAGAUCUACGAAGGAACCUCCGAAAUUCAGCGAAUUGUGAUUGCCAAUGCUGUGCUCAGGGAGCUGGGCAGUGAAUGAUCUUGUCUGCAUUUAUAUUUUAUUAAACACACUGCCUAUAGGCUACAGGGAUUCAAUAUUGUUAUUCUUUUUAAAUUAAAAUAAUAAAUGACAAUAAAUAAAUUAAGCUAUA